CAGCCCUCCCCUCUCUCUCUCUCUCUCUCUCUCUCACACACACACACACACACACAUGCGUCUGUGACUCUGUAUCUGUCUUCUUCCUUGGAUGCCAAACCGAAGUUUCUUGUGCAGCUUUUCUUCCCCUUCGCCUCCCUCCCCACUUUGGACCCUUUCCUUCCUCUCAACUCUGCAAUAGUUGGGUUCUUUGUUUCUCCCCUUUUUCUCGGUUGGGCAGAUACCCGUUGAGCUUUUAAUCCCAACAUGACCACUGCCUAGACCAUAUGUGUAUACCUCGCCUUCAAUUUGUCGAAAUCUCAGUCACUGUUCUUCUACCGGUUGUUCUUCACUUUUGCAUAGCCACUGUGUCUGAUUCUGAUGGGGGUUGCCCAAAUAAUCAACUGGAGAGUAUUGUUAUGAAGGGGAACAUCUUGGAUAAUGCUUGGUAGCUACAUAAAAUAGUUUUAUUUUCUCUGUCCCCAUAGCAUGAUUUUAGUUGGAGUUCAGGAAAAAGAAGAAUGCAGUGAACUUCACUCAUGUCUUUUCUAUUAUGAAUUUAUGAUUAUUUGUUUUUCUAACUUCAAAGGGAGCCUAGGUGCAACGGUAAAGUUGUUGUCUUGUGGGUCCGAGGCGUGGAAAUAGCCUCUUGCAAAAAUGCAAGUGUCUAGGUGAAUUUGGUUCAUGUGUGUUAAUUGCCCUUUCCUCAGCUGUCUGUAGGAGAAAUGGCUGGAAAAGUUGUUGCUGCUCAACCACCAGCUUCAUUUGAGUAUGUACUUUUUGAAGGUGAUCCUGAUCACCUCAGGACUGUUGUAGCAACACCAAACCGGAUUACUCCAUGGAUUGACCCUUCAACUUUGAAGCUUAGACACAGAAUUGGGAGGGGCGCUUUUGGUGAUGUUUGGUUAGCGACUCAUCAUCAAUCAACUGAAGAUUAUGAUGAGUAUCAUGAAGUGGCUGUGAAGAUGUUACAUCCAAUCCAGGAGGAUCACAUGAAGACCAUAUUGGAAAAGUUUGAUGAUUUGUUUUUCAAGUGUCAAGGAUUAGAUGGUGUCUAUUUGUUGCAUGGUAUUUCAGUUAUAGGUGGAAAGAUAUGCAUUAUCAUGAAAUUCUAUGAAGGAUCUGUUGGUGACAGAUUGUGUCGUCUUAAAGGGGGGAAGCUUUCAUUGACUGAUGUUUUGAGGUAUGGGAUCAACUUGGCUGAGGGAAUUUUGGAGCUACACUCAAAAGGGAUUCUAGUUCUUAAUCUCAAGCCUUUUAACUUCCUUCUUACUGAAAAUGACAAGGCAAUUAUUGGAGAUGUUGGGAUUCCUUACCUACUGCUUGGUAUUCCAUUGCCAAGUUCAGACAUAGCUCGAAGACUUGGAGCACCUAACUACAUGGCUCCAGAACAAUGGCAACCAGAAGUACGGGGUCCAAUAUCCUUUGAGACUGAUUCAUGGGGGUUUGGAUGCAGCAUUUUGGAGAUGUUGACUGGUGUUCAGCCAUGGUCUGGGAGAUCAGUUGAAGAAAUUUAUCAUUCAGUUGUUACAAAGCAAGAAAAACCACAUUUCCCAGGCGGCCUUCCUCCUGCAGUUGAGAAUGUUAUUCUUGGUUGCUUUAUGUAUGACUUCAGAAGUCGUCCUUUAAUCUCAGACAUUUUGCAGGCAUUUAAAAGCGCACAGAAUGUCAUUUGCAGUGAUGGAGGCUGGACAGGUCUUGGGGGCAGAACAAUUGUAGACAAAUCAAGUAGCAGCAGUUACAAUGAGUGGUUCCUGAUGAAGGAUCAUCUCCAAGUGGGUGAUACGGUGCGUUCAAGAAAGUUGCUAAACUCAUUUAAACCUGAAAGCAUGGAUGUCCCAGAAGGAACAGUUGUGGGUUUGGAACGUGAUACUGACCGAGAUGGUUUUGUUCUUGUGAGGGUCCUUGGCAUCCAUGACCCAUUGCGAGUUCAUAUAUUGACACUAGAACGGGUGACAUUUGGCUUGGCUGCUGGGGAUUGGGUACGUGUGAAGGAGGAAGACAAGAAGCACUCACCAGUGGGCAUUCUGCAUUCUGUCCAUCGCGAUGGAAGCGUGGCUGUUGGAUUUAUAGGGGCAGAAACUCUUUGGCAUGGAAAUUCAUCUGAACUCCAGAUGGCAGAAUCUUAUUGUGUGGGCCAGUUUGUGAGGCUUAAGGCCAAUGUUCUAAGCCCCCGAUUUGAAUGGCCUCGUAAAAGAGGAGGAGCUUGGGCAACAGGGAGGAUUCAGCAGGUCCUACCAAAUGGUUGCCUUGUCAUCAAGUUUCCUGGGAUAUUGUCUUUUGGGGAGGAAUGCAGCAAUUUCUUGGCUGAUCCAGCGGAAGUGGAAGUGGUUUCCUUUGGUACUUGUCAUGGGUUGGUGAAUAAAUAUCAACACGUUGAGGAUUUUCACUGGGCUGUGAGGCCACUUCUGAUUGCAUUGGGUUUAUUUACAGCCAUGAAACUUGGCUUCUUUGUUGGAAAGAAAAUGGGUAGAUCAAAGGCAAAGAGGAGCCAAAGCACUGCAAUACAAGGUGAUGCUCAACAUUUGGAUGGUCAGUCUGCGGGCAACCCUGCAUGGUUUCGCCCAUCUGUGCCAAAUAUCCUUUUCAAAGAAGGUAUUGGCUCAGCUACUGCUCGGUAGCUCAUUAUGCUAACUGAAGCCCCCUGACACUAGAAAAUUUGCUAUAAUCAAUGUGUCCCCAAACAGCAAAUCAUUGAUCUAGUUUUAGGGGCUUGUACUGACUAUUUCUACUAUAAAAAUUGGACGAACUAAAUCUUGGGCAAGGUCAGUGUCUAUAUUCUAGUACAAGAAUAUGAUGAUUUAUGUAAGUAAAAAGAUGUGUAUAUGCUCGUUGGGUGAUUCCGCUGUAAAUAAGUUUAUAAUUCGUUACACUCAUAACAUGCUUUCUGUAUUUUUAUGGUCAAGGAAACCAAGGCCAACGCGAAUGGUAAUUAUUGUGGUAAUUGAUGGAUAGUGGUUUGGUUUUC